UUCAUGCAAUUAAUCUUCGAUUACUAAAUUCUUCGAACACUAAAACGAGUGUUCGUUUCAUUCAUAAAUGCAUAAUAAUCCUCAGCGGAAUGAUACGAAAAAGUAAUCUAUAUCAAAACAUUAAUCUGCAUGUUUAGGUUAAUCUCAUUUAACAUAAAUUAAAAAUUUACUUUUUAACGAAGAAAUAAUUAUGGCAUUUGAGAGCAUAGAAAUGGACCAAGAAUUAGCACGAAGGCUUUUAGUCGAAGGUGCUAAAUUAGUUAUAUUAAAUGUUCCAAGUGGGACAGAAAUGGGUAUCGAUUUAAAAUCUUGGAACACAGCAGAUAAUUUUAAGGGUAUUAAAAUGAUUCCACCAGGAUUUCACUAUGUACAUUACAGUGCUAUAGAUAAGUUUGGAGAAUUAGCACCUAAAAUUGGAUUCCUUCAUACAUUUAAGAAAUCUGAAUUUUUAGUCAAACAGUGGGAUGUGAAAACAGAAGAUCUUAGUUCAGAAGCUGUGUCAGAAGAAACAGUACAAAGAUUGAAGGAUAACUUAAAAGAUUUGGAUAAAUAUCUAGGCUGUUAUCCUUAUGAUACAUGGAAACAAUGGAUAGAUUUAACAGAUCACAUUAGCCCAUCUCUUGUUGAACGUUGUUCACCUAUAUGUGGCUUUGUAAGAUCAGCUCUAGAGUUAGAGCCUUGCAGUGAUGCAAUGAGACCAAGAGGAGGAGCAUUGAAUCCAGAAAAAACAAAAAGAACUGGAAUUACUGUGGAAGAAAAGGAGAAUGAGCUGCUUCCCAAUUUAAAACCUAAGCCAGGCACAGAACUUCGAUUAUCCAAGUUGCCUGAUAAAAAUUAUCCAGAUGGAGCAUCACCAAGUGAAAUCACAAAACACUCCCUUGAUUCUAGCUAUGCUCUGGAUACAUUUUUAAAGGAAUUACCACAAUCUAUGGACAUUAUUGGUGAAAUGCAACUGGCAUUUGUUUGUUUCCUCGUUGGACAAAGUUUGGAUGCGUUUGAACAUUGGAAAAAGCUCAUAUGCCUGGUUUGCGGUGCCGAUUCUAUAAUUCCAAACCGACGUGACAUCUUCAUGGAAUUUCUGAAAGCGUUGGAGAUCCAGUUAACUCAUGUACCUGAGGAUGUAUUAUGCGAUAUUGUAGCUAACAAUAAUUUUGUUUACCAAAAUCUACGGAAACUGUUUGGAAGCAUUGAAAUCAAUUCCUAUAUAGAUGGUCGUUUGAAGACUUACGCUACGCGGUUUCGUAAUCGGUUAACGACAAAAUUCUUGUGGGAUUUUUCUAAUUUACACGAAGAAGACGACGAUGAAGCGCCUGUAGUCGUACUAUUGGAAUAAAACAAUACACAUAUGUGUUUAGAACGGAG